AGGGCGAGGGAAACGGGUGAGGGAAUACCGUAUCGAAAUUUAACACGCGUAACAUAGGCGGUCGAACGUUUUACGUGUUAUUAGAUAGGUACUCAUCCAUCCAUAUCCAACGUACGACGUGCGUUUACGUAAUUUAUUUUUAUUAUUUGUGCAUGAUAUUUAUUUUAUAAGUAAUAAUUUUUACGUAUUAUUAAUUUUGGUGACGGUAGUUACGAAUUAUUAGUUUAUAAAUCAAUAAUAGUAUAUACAUGUAGAGUAAAUACUUUUGGUAAUUACUCACGCGGAUAGGAUAUUAAUAAAUUUAGUAGAUAUAAUUUAUAAGUACCUAGUAGAUAUAAUUUAUUAAAAAUUAUAUAUAUGUAAUGUUUAGAUAAAUAUAUGUCAGAAUCCGAUAGUUCAGAUAUUGAUACUAGUUCUGCGGACAGUUCAAUAAAAGUCGAAAAUUAUAAAUCUAGGAAAGAAUUAAAAGAGGCAGUUUUAAAAGACGCUGUAAAGAAAGAAUUUUUAGAACAAACUAGGAAAAACAUAGUUAAAACUGUUAGGAAAAAUUUAGUAAGAACACAUAGUUUAACAGAACAGAUAGGUACCGCGCCACGAAAACAAACCGUAGGUCGUUUAGGUACUAGGUCAGACUCAAGCGUAAUUCACGUGCAGUUAGAGUCAGUGGUUAAGAAAAAAAUGAGUAAAAUGGAUUUAGAUAAAGCAAUUGCUAUGAUACCUAUUUGCACGGGCAAAAAGGACGUAGCCGAAUUUAUAAAUAUUUGUGAAAUCGCAAUUAAAGAAACAACGGAAGCAGAUACACCGAUAUUAUUAAAAAUAAUUACUUCUAAGUUAACGGGAAAUGCGUUAGAAGUAACAAAAUAUCGAAAUUUAGAAACAUGGGGAGCAAUAAAAACAAUAUUAGAAGGGGCAUUCGAACAAAAAGUAUCGGAGAGGGCCUUAUCAAUAGCUUUAAACACGGCACGUAUGGCCGAGGGAGAAAGUGUGGCAAAAUUCGCUAGUAGAAUCGAAGAGUUAUAUUAUAAACUCUGCGCGGCAAGUACGAUAGGUCUAGCUCAGGCCGAGGCAGAUAUAGUGAAAAAACAAACAAAGAAACAGGCAAUGAUCAUAUUUAUGACAGGGUUACCUCAUCACUUAUAUACAGUAUUGAAAAGUCGAAAUCCCAGUACAUUGGAACAAUGUUUCAAAACGGCGAUCGAUGAGAUGCUCGAAUAUGAGUCAAAAGUAGAAAUGGAUAAAUUGCAGAGACAAAUCGGUAAUGGAAAACAGGCGGACGUCAAUAACGAGGAAAAACGACAAAAUGGUGGUAAUACAAAUAACGCAGUUAAUCGCGGAGGAAACGGUAACUCAAAUCAAAGAAUAAUAGGAAUAAUAAUGCUGUUGAUAAUGACGACUGUAGUAAGGCACUAUAGAUUAGUCAGGAAGGAGAGAUAUCGAUACCUAGUACGAACGUUAGAAUGUACGGAAAUGGAUACAACACGAGCCCGCGACGAUAUAGAAACUUGUAGGGAAGAGGAGAUAACAGCACUGGUGAUCAUUGAUUCAGAUGGGACUAAGCUACUAGUGCAACUCAGUAACAGUGCAAAUGAAGAACCGGAAUUCGAAAUGAUUUUGAGCGUUCAGGCGGGAGGUCGCCUGGUGGUAAUAGUAUUAAAAAAAAAUGAUAUGUACGUGGGUGAAAUGGAGAUAUACCGAUAUGCGGGGGAGGAGCCUAUGAGACAAACUACACAUAAUCUUAGGACGUUAAUUGACAAUUACUACGGAAAUAGGAAUAACAUCCCUCCUGGCAGGUUUCCGGAAGCGGAGAUCGUAGAAUUAUGUCAAACGUUAUGGGAUUGGUUCCGGAACCCAUACGCGUGUAACGUAUCAACAAUACCAUUUUGUUACCACCUGAACAUAAAUCGAAUGACCAACCGAGGCGGAGCUAAACCAAUAGGCGUAGCGAGCAUAAUAUAUAACCGCACGGAACCACCUGUAACCACGGGCAAUGAAGAUGAACAACAAUUAAAUGACAAUAUAGCACUGGCAAGAAGGGUCAUCAAUGAAUUUUGGGAAUUGAAUAAGGGAAUAAACAGGGUAACAUGGGCACACAUUAAUAGUAGUAUUAGUAGGGAAAUGGCUAACAAUAGGACACGGGAGCCUGUCAUUAGAAAUAUUAAUAUGACUGAAGCAGCUGGACUGUGGUGGUCGGAUAGUGAUAGUGAUAAUGAUAAUUUAGAAAAUAUAACACCGAAUAAUACAAUUAGUAAUAUGGACGAGUUAGACGGAUUUAGCGAUAGCGACAGUAAUAUUGACAAUUAUAGGAACAUAAAUAGUAGUGAUUAUGAAAACAAUGUUACAAAUUUACUUAAUGUUAUCUCUGAUUACGGCAGGACAUGGUCAAAUUCCAUAUAA